ACUCAAAAAGGGCGGAAAUAAAACAAGAAAUUCUCCGAUUUUGUUCUUGUCACACUGUCGGACUUUGGACCGGAAUGAAAUGGCACUUUCAAAACUGGAAUUCAUUCAGUUUCUCUCCAAGGGGCGCAGCAUUGCCAGUCACUGCGGGUAACAGGCUCUGAGAGCCUCUCGGGAUAUCAUCGCUAUUUCUCCAACUUGCCCCUCAGCAGUCCAGGUGCGCUAAGUGUUCCGCUGGUUUGACCCUGACCAUACUGGAUGUGGCAGGUUCGCUGUGGAUGAUUCUUCGCAUGACGGAUAAUGCUCAUAAAAAUUAAAUCGAAGGACCAACAUGAGCCUGUGAUGAAUGAUUUAAAACACGCGCGGAAACGAAAAGCACUCAAAACAACUCCCAUGAAUUAUUCAGAUGAGACAGACGUUUUCAUAGAAGGUCGAUGCGUGUAAAAAGGCCGGGCACAGAAAGAGUGGGAAAGCUUCAGAAUUCAUUUUGGAAGGUUGCGACUGAUUCCGUGCUAUCUCAGCACGUCGCCAAUUCAGAGGCGAUCUCACUGACAUUUACCACCGGAGCUAUCUCGGUCGUGGCUACCUCAAGCUGCCAGCAUAUUUAAGUAGAGCAUUCCGGGCAAAAUCUCCUUUUAAACUAUAGUCCUGGAAGGAUGGGUUACAGAGGCAUGGGAGAGCAAUAGGAGAUUUUUAUGGGGGCCCAGCAAAGAAAAUCAUGAUCUGCACUGGACAAUGACUUGAUGGGAAAUUUUGGACCAGAAAAUGACUGAUUACAGGGAAGAUGGUAUGGAUUUGGGAAGUGACCCUUGUAGUCGAGCAAGUUCCGAAUCAAGCUCCAACAAAGUGACACCAUGCUCUGAGUACAAAUCCUCACCGAGUCUGGAACUUGCCACAUUGGGGGACUAUGAAGAAGAUGAAGAUUAUCAGGAAUAUAAAAAGAAGGUGAUAGAAGAGUGGGAAAGUGAAUAUGGUGACUACUCUGAGAACAAUGGCUUUGUUAAAGCAUCUAGCAGAAGUUUAGCACAGGAGAUUCAAGAAGUUAAAGUCAUCCCACCAGUACCUUCGAUUGUCACUACAGGUGAAAUGAAACAAAAUGGCAAUAUAGCUCCAACUAAGCGAGGUGGAAAAGAAAAUAAGACUCUUCCAAAGCUGCAGAAGGCAUUGCAAAUAACGGGUGGCAGCGCAGCCACAAAACGGUUGGAGACCUCGGGGACUUUUGUUACAGAAGAAGCACAGCUUCCAACCAUGGAUUGGGAAGCCCUAGAAAAGCACCUUGCAGGUUUACAGUUUCAAGAGCAAGAAGCACAAAACCAAAACCAGAGCCAGACAAAAACAAACUUCACAUCAGCCCAAAAAAAUGAGAGAGAAUCAAUCCGACAGAAGUUGGCGCUGGGCAGUUUCUUUGAUGAUGGCCCAGGAAUUUACACCAGCUGUAGCAAGAGUGGCAAACCCAGCCUGUCUUCACGGCUUCAGAGUGGAAUGAAUCUGCAGAUCUGUUUUGUUAAUGACAGUGGAAGUGACAAGGACAGUGAUGCAGACGACAGCAAGACUGAAACAAGCCUUGAUACCCCUUUGUCGCCAAUGAGCAAACAGAGCUCGUCGUACUCUGACAGAGACACUACUGAAGAAGAGUCUGAGUCACUUGAUGAUAUGGAUUUUCUUACAAGACAGAAGAAAUUGCAAGCUGAGGCUAAAAUGGCUCUUGCUAUGGCAAAACCAAUGGCGAAAAUGCAAGUUGAAGUCGAAAAGCAGAACCGAAAGAAGUCCCCUGUGGCUGAUCUGUUGCCUCAUAUGCCCCACAUUAGUGAAAGCUUGAUGAAGCGGAGCCUCAAGCCAACAGACCUGCGAGAUAUGACUAUUGGCCAGCUGCAAGUUAUAGUCAAUGAUCUACACUCCCAGAUUGAGAGUUUAAAUGAAGAGUUGGUCCAGCUUCUACUUAUUAGGGAUGAGCUGCACAUGGAACAAGAUGCCAUGCUGGUGGACAUAGAAGACCUUACCAGACAUGCUGAAAGUCAGCAGAAGCACAUGGCAGAGAAAACAACAGCUAAGUGAAACUCAGAUGCCUCCAACAAGCCACGAGAUCCGAGAGGGGGAAAAAAAAGCUAGAUUUUACUUUGCUUCUGUCGUUGUAAAAUGCUGACGCUCAAGAUGGUGCACUUCAAGAAAAUCAGUGUUAGUCAUUGGUACUGUUUGAAGCUUUAUGUCCAGUGAUUGGCCUAUGCUUCUUUUAUAAUUUAUUUUAAUAUGAUUACAUUUGUCACUGAGUUGUAUCGGGCAUUUCAGUAAAAUGUUGGUAACUGAUAUGCAAUCUAGUAAAACUGAAAUGUGCAGAAUUGGAAGAUAUAUAAAGUAGUUAAGAGAAGCUAACUUCUUACUGCUUGGAUUUUAGUUAAACAGUAUUUUACCAUGGACCUCUUUUUAUUCUUCACAGAUGGUAGUUUUAAACAAAUGAACUUUAUUUAAAGGUGCUAUUAAAGUCAAAGAAUACAUGCCUGCCUUGUAGUGAAGUUGUAGCUAUUGGUGAUUAGGUCACUUUAAUAAGUUUUCAACAUUUUGUAAAUGUUGAUUACCUGACUCAACCAUUUUAAAGUGUGUUAAUAUAAUUUCAGUCAAUUGGAUUCAGAAAUGUUAUCUGGAAAUGUUAUGUACAAAUAUGUAAAAUAAAAAUAAAAUUUGUUUCCUAUGAUAUA